AUGGAGGCCCUGGAAGAAGAUGAACUCUGCUUUUCCCAACUCAACAACUCCUGCAGGAAGACGAUGCAUUCUCACUCUGAGGCCAUGCUCAUUUACAGUCUGCUGUCCUUCAUCACUCUGCUCACUGUGUUUCUGAACCUGCUAGUCAUCAUCUCUAUCUCCCACUUCAGGCAGCUCCACACCACCACCAACCUCCUCCUCCUCUCUCUGGCAGUCACAGACUUCCUUGUGGGCCUCCUGCAGAUGCCAGCUGAAAUCCUCCUCUUCCGAGGCUGCUGGAUCCUUGGUGAUUUUAUAUGUGCUGUGAAUCACUUUUUAGGUUACCUCGUUGUCAGUGUUUCAGUAGGAAGCAUGGUCCUCAUAUCAAUUGACCGCUACAUGGCAAUUUGUGACCCCAUGUUUUACAACACCAAAGUCACUCUGAGAAGAGUUCGAUACUGUGUUUGUCUGUGUUGGAUAUUUUCUGCUGUGCACAGCACUUGGAUACUGAGGGAUUUCUUAAAACAACCAGAGAAGUAUAAACUCUGUCAUGGAGAGUGUGUAGUCAUAAAUUCUGAUGCUGAAGGAAUUGUUGAUCUUGUUGUGACCUUUUUAGGCCCCAUUUUAAUCAUUACACUUCUGUAUCUGAGAGUAUUUUUAGUGGCUGUGUCUCAGGCUCGUGCCAUGCGCUCUCACAUAGCAGCUGUCAAACUUCAGCGUUCAGAGACUGAAAAAAGUAAGAGAUCUGAAAUGAAAGCAGCCAGGACUCUUGGUGUCGUUAUAGCUGUGUUUAUUCUGUGCUCCUGUCCAUAUUAUUGUUUUGCUGUUGCAGCUGAGAGCACCUUGGUAGGGGCAUCAUCAGCAUCCAUUGAGAUUUGGCUGGUGUAUUUCAACUCCUCUCUAAACCCUGUGAUCUAUGUUUUUUUCUACCCCUGGUUCAGAAAAGCUAUUAAACACAUUAUUACACUUCAGAUACUGCAGCCUGGCUCCAGUGAGGCCAAUUUAAUGUAG